UUUCAGUUGGGACAAGCUAUCGCCACUACCCAGACACACACUAUACUAUGUCCCUGGUUGGAUCGUGCCCUCUACUCGCGCCUUGAUUUCAUCAUCAACCUCAUCCUGACGACUUGUACAUAAUUGACUAUUUCUCUACCGCUCCGCAACCCAAAUCCUUGCGCUUUGUCAACUAAAAAGCAGGGCCGCUAUUCAUGGGCUGUUAUCCUAACUCGCUGAUACGAUUUCAACUGUUAAUCAACAUCAAUAUUACUCGACUGGGUCGAUUGAAUCACUGCUACAAGUCUUUGCGACACGAUUUUACCAUUGAAUCACAUACAAUCCAGUACUAUUAAACCUGUUGUAUCGGAAGUUUCUUCAUUAGCGACUUGAACGAUUCAAGCCCGAGAUUUUGUUUCAUCGCAUGGUUGAAUGGCGACUGCGAUAGAUCAAGCGCCUGGCGAUGGCAAUCUGGCCGCCGGCGCAUCGCAUCCAGGCAGUUCUGAAACACAGACCGCAGCUACCGAAGUGUUUGAGACACCACGCACAUCCUUCGAUCAUGACCCCAACGAUAGCAAUCAUGCGCGGCACGAAACUGCAUCAUCUACCGUCUCCCCGAGUUCGAUAACAUCGCCACCAUACUGGCUGAACACCCGUGCCGGCCAUCAACGCACCAUAUCGAACAUGUCGACCGAGUCCGUUCUUCCUGCUGGCGCUAUAACCCUGCGUGACAACGAAGCGAGCGAGUUCGACGACCGCAACAGCGCUUGCUGGGCCAAGAGUGUUGAGGUUGUCAGCUAUACCAUUGUCAACGGCAGUGCAACAAAUAUCGGGGCCUUUGUGGUGUGGAAUAUCCGUGUCGAGGCUCUCAAUGGGAGUUAUAUGAAUAUUCGUAAACGGUAUUCGGAGUUUGACGACUUUCGAUAUCGGUUGGUUCAGACUUUCCCCGGAUUUGAGGCAGCUGUUCCGGCGCUUCCGCCCAAGAGUGUCAUCUCCAAGUUUCGGCCCCGAUUUCUCGAGAAAAGGCGGGCAGGCCUACAAUACUUUCUCAAUUGCAUACUGUUAAAUCCAGAAUUUUCUGGAUCGCCAGUCCUCAAGGAGUUCCUCUUUGCAUAGCGUUCUUAUCGUCUUAGCAUCUUCUCUUCUUUGGAUAUGUUUACCUUUGGGUCUCAUUCAUGGGAGGCCUCUUUGUACAAACGAUAUAUAUUGCUUGGCCCAGUCUCACGCACAUAUGCAGCAGCCAACAAUCCGUAUUAAUGAUAAUGAGUUGGAUGAUCUACCACUUGUGGCCC